CCUCAAACUCAAAAACUUAAAUAAAACCUUGCCGUCUCGACAGGUGUGCUUUGGGUUCUUAUUCAUACACUGGUUUUUUCACAAGAAUCUUAAAUUAAAACGGCUUAAGGGUUGCAUGCGAUUGCGUCACGAACUAGCUACCUCCCAUUUAUUUUUAUUGAAACCAAAGUGGUUUUAUCAGGAAGCAUCAGCAAAUAUUAGGAAAUAUCUUUCUGAGUUAACUCGACAAUAGUUCUUAAAAAAUUGCAAGCAUCAGUAUCAUUAUUCUGAAAGUGCUAUGCUUUUGUUUAAAGUACACGGGCUCUGGGGAAUUUUUGAAAGCCCGUUAAAAACAUAAACAAGACAUAUUUUUGGCCUCUGAUAUUGAGAUUGGCUGCACUUACCAAACCUGUUAUCUUGAUACCAGUAAAUCAGGCUCGGUAAUGCACAACGCGGAACAAAUACUUUCGAUUUAAAUGAGUGAUUCUGGAGAGAAAUUUUACGCAUGUAAAACUCUCUUCUUGAAGAAUAGUCACGUGGAGUUCAUGACGUUGUUAUGGCAACGUUAAUUAGUCACACUUUCUGAUUGGUUCUGGUUGUUGAUAAAAUAUUCUACAAAGAACGCAGGAGAAUUGAAAUUUGCUUUCCGCGUACGCCCCGUCCUUUUUCACAGCCGCAGAAAUUCGGACUAGUGGCCGUUGGAAUACCUUGACAGGAAUCCUCCAGGCACUUGAACUGCACAACUGCAGUCUCCCAGAAUUUCAUGAGGUAAAGUGGUCCAACAAACUUUCGAUUGAGUGUUCGUAAUUUGGAGCCGUGCGUCUUCUGUACCAAGUUCAUUCAUUCAUUAGACGAUCUUUAAAGUAGAUUUAAAUGGCUCCCUUAUUCGAAAAUAAGUAGAAAUCGGCUGACUUAAGCUGCUACUUUUAACGACCUGAGACUUUGAUUUGGUUACAUUGCGCUGUCAGCGCACUUUUGAACGAGAUAUUAUUUAUACAUUCGGUCGUUAAUCAUUUGUUGAAGUGGUCGUAGUGAUUCAAAUGUGAACUCAUUUCCGUUUUGAUCCUUUCGUUGUAGAAUGGCUGUACAAGUCGAGUCCUUGUGCAAAUCUUUUGCACUGGAAAACGACCCGGAUGCGUCGUACUUUCUGAUUCAUUCAGAAAAAGAUGAGCAUGGAAAUGAAGGCUACAGCUCUCCUGUCCCAUCUCAUGACAUUUGGAAAAAGUUUGAACUACUACCGACACCACCUCGUUCUCCGUCUCGAUCACCUCCACAUACGCCAGUCAGUUUUCAUUCAUACGAAGAUGAGUACUGCUCGGUUGCUGACACUCUGCAGAUAGUGUCAGAUAUUUUAGACGAGGACAGUUGUUCACCUGCACCCUCGGCGACCGUUGAAAUUUCUCUUAAUAGUCUGAAGUCCAAACUCAUUCAGGACUGCAUGUGGAACGGCUCCAACUAUGAGAGUGCGUUAGAUGUUAAAGUCCUCGCCGCUUCUUUGAAUACGGACGACCUUCCUUUCGAGACUCCGUGUGCUACUCCUCCGCCAGUGGAAUAUGUAAGCUCUGAUUGUGUUGAUCCUUCAACGGUAUUUCCCUAUCCUAUAAACGAAUCACAUCAAAACUUGUGUGGAUCCCACAAUUCGAGCGAUUCAGGUUAGUUGUCUUAUUCACGAUGUGCUUUCAAUUUCCUGUUCUGGUAAUUGGUAAUCAUAAUUGACGAUUUGUUGUAUAGUAGAGCAGAUCGUACACAGUCGAAAUCCAAAUGUCUUAGCCUUCUGCUAAUCGAAGCUAAUUUUUAAUUUUUUUCUGUUUGGCAACAGAAGAGGAAAUAGACGUAGUGACCAUCGAGAAACCAAAGCGAAAGCGGCUUCCACAAGUUACAGAUGAACCGCCGGCAAAACGCAUUAAACCUGUUGCGAUGAAACCUAAAGCGGUAGUCCCUGCUUCAAGCCCUUCAAAAGAGAACAAAAAAGAUUUUAAACGGCAGAACAGUUCAACCUCGGACGAAGAAGGUGAUCUCAGUAAGAGAGCAACCCACAAUGUUCUCGAGCGGAAGCGAAGGAAUGAUCUCAAGACAAGCUUUCACAUUCUCAGGGAAGAGGUUCCUGAUAUAAAAGACAAUGAAAGAGCUCCAAAAGUUACGAUCUUGAGGAAAGCAAAAGACUAUGUCGAUAAACUAAAAAAGGACGAAAUGCGAUUGCAGGCAGAACUUGCGAAAGAACGACGGAAAAACGAGGAUCUUUUGGACCGGUUCUAUGCUCUUGGGCAGAAACGAAAAUAACUUUUUGUUUACUCAUCGCUAUUUUCAUUCGUCUUUUACCAAAUAUCAUUACGUAGAAAAAGAUUGUAUAUAAGUUAUAGAUAUAUAUUAAUAUGAAAGGAAAAUGUUUUUUCAAGUAUACUCGCUGUGUAGAAAUUUCAGUUAGCUUCCGAUCGAAUUUUAUACCUGUAGGUUUUCUAUCGUGUAGAAACAAAUCUUUCGCGUAGAAGGUGCCAAAUAUUUUCGUUGUCUCAAUGCCGAAUUUCGUCUGAUUGUCAAAUCAUCAGGGAAAGAGGAAAUAUUCCUCCCCUAAAGUAACAGUUUUCUAAGCGAUCAUAGUUUUGCGGUCUUAAAAUACUAUUUUUGAUGCAGUAUUUUUGAAUGAAUGGAUAUAUAUUUGCAUAUAUAUUGCGUAAACGCGGGAAAAAUCCGAUAGAUUUCCAUAAAUUAACGUCGUGAUCAGCUUGGAUUUCGUUUCAAGGUCCUUUGGGACAUAAGUUUUGCUUGAUCAGGGUUACAAAAAGAAUGUUAGCUAAGUUUAGCUUUUCAAACAAAAUUCUCGAUACCCAUUUUUACUGUGUAAAACACUGGUUAGCCGCUUUCGGCUUUGGUGAAAUUUGGAGAGUAGAAAACUCUGUCGAAAGUAUCGUAUGAUUUAGUUGUAGCGUUUACAUAGGGUAUCUACAAUAGUGUUUAUGAGUAGAAAAAACCCUUUUGCAAUGAACAUUUCUCACCAUUAGGGCUUAGAAGUCUUGUUUAAAUGGUUGAGGUGUGAUUUUAUUACGUAAAUUUCUUUGGUUGUAUUAUUAUACUGUGAUGUAGAGAGAGUUGAGGUGUUGAUCGUUUAAGGAACUAGCUCGGUAAACUUUGCUUUGCCAGCCAACAGUUAUUAAAUAUCAAAUGUUCAGGAUUGACUUAAAACCUGCUUUGUAAACUUACGUAAGUUCCAGGGACGUUGUUAGCUUCAUUUUUGAGGUAGUGAAUGACUAAUUGUCGUUUUCUCAUAAAUAUUCCUUUGUGCGCUUGGUUGAAGUCAUACCGACUUGAGUUUGUAAUUAGAUUUCUUUAUUCGAAAAGUCGAUUACACUUCCUCUCUAACAGGAACCGCGUCUAUACUUAGGUUUAUUUUAUGAUAAUACUGUAACAGAACACCGCUACCACAGCUGAGGCAUUCUGUAUCUGUAAAUGCCGCAUCAACAUUUGUCAAGAGGGUGAUUUUAUUCUGAUCUUGCAUAUUUUUGGAACAGUGAGUACGAUUUUAGCAUUUUGUCGAACAAAUUUUGUGAAGCAGAC